UCACUUUUCGCCACAAGAAAACUCAGAAACGAACUCCCACAGACAUCGAUCAUUCCGCAUACCCGCCAAUUCACACCUUCGCUCUCUGCAUUCUCUCUCUAAAUAUCUCUCUCUCUCUCUGGCUGCUUUCUUUCUCUAGAAAUGUCGACCUGCGUCUGCUGCUCUACACCUGCAAUUUUGGGCAAAUCCAAAGAAGGAGUUUCAAACGGCGUCGUAUUGAAGCCUCCUGGUUCUAUUUCGUCUUCGAGAUCCAUGAAUUCUAGGGUUUUUGGUGUUCGAGCUUCAAUGGUGGAUUCCUACGAGAGCUCAUCCAAUUUCGCUAAACGCAUGGAACAAGCUUGGUUGAUCUCUCAGCAACCGAGGCCAGUUUCUUGUACUUCCUGUGAAACAAAGGGUCAUGUUGAAUGCAAAUGGUGUGGAGGCACAGGCUUCUUUAUUCUUGGUAAUAACAUGCUCUGCCAAGUCCCUUCCCGGAACACUAGUUGUGUUAUUUGUGCUGGAAAGGGGUCAACCUGCUGUUCUGAUUGCAAAGGAACUGGCUUUCGUGCUAUGUGGCUGGGAGAGCCUCCUGUAUCCAAGUAGUGACCAUUGCCAUAAGGAUACUAAGGCCAUAAGAAAACUUACAAAGCUACAGCCAUUGAUGUUCUUUUUCCUGAUUUCAGUCGUGAAGUUCACAUCACACGACUUGACAACUUGUAUUGUUUCUGUAUUUAAACAAAUCAUACCUUGAGACCAUCAAAGGUUAGAAUAUAGAAGAAUAUACCAUUGUUUCAACAAUUUUUUUUACUCUACGUUUCGCGGUGUUGCCAUUUAAGCCCUUGAGAAUUGGCUCAUCUUUAGUGCCCAAGCACACCAAGGCAAUCAUCUCCUAUUCCUGAUAUGAAUUGGUCAGACUCCCAGCACCCAUUUGGAAGUAAAUGUCUCCCUUAUUUUUCCCGAAGAGGGGAGGCGGGUGAUUUUGGGGUG